UCUGAAUAUAGCCAGAACAAGCUAAAAUAAAAUAGCUAUUUUGGCAAUAGUGCGACAACUCUAGUGUUGUAAUAAUUAGUUCCAUUCUUGAUUUUUACAAUCUAGUUGUAAACAAAUUACUUAAAAUUAAUUUAAUAUGUCGGAGGAAAAAAAGACUGAAACAGAGCAUAUCAACUUGAAGGUGUUGGGUCAGGAUAAUGCUGUCGUCCAAUUCAAAAUCAAGAAACACACUCCACUUCGUAAGCUAAUGAAUGCAUACUGUGAUCGCGCUGGCCUUUCUAUGCAAGUGGUGCGAUUCCGAUUUGAUGGACAACCCAUCAAUGAGAAUGAUACACCCACCUCCCUGGAAAUGGAAGAAGGCGAUACGAUUGAAGUAUAUCAACAGCAAACUGGCGGUCAAGCUAGGGAAUUAAAAGUACAAUUGUGAGACAAAUAUUUCAUUUAGUCUUAUAAACACAUUAUAGAAGACGCAAUCGUCGAAAUAUAUUUUCAAGUGUACAUUAUCAUUACUUGAAUUGUACAAAAAAAAAACCAAUCGUAUUUAAGCAAAAAGUAUAAAAUAAAACUAAAAGCAAGUA